AUGGUGCAUAACCCACUACUACAUAGCCAAAAUGCUGCAGCUAAGACUAGUCGGGUAAAUACAAUCCUAGUUCAUCAACGUAAGUUUAGGAGAGCCAUUUUUCGUUACAUUCCGGUAAUAUUGUAUGGUCCUAAAGCCACAGUGGAGAUAUUUGCGUUGAUUGAUGAGGGAGCAUCAUGCACAUUGAUGGACAGUAAAUUGGCUGAGCAGCUAGGUCUCGACGGCCCUGGUGAAGACUUGUGCUUGAGAUGGACGGGCGACAUAACACAGCAGGAGGUAAACUCAAAGGUUUUAAGUUGUGAAAUAUCUGCAAGAGAGAGAAACUCUAGGCGAUAUCGUAUGCACAAUAUUCGAACAAUCACUGACCUCGAGUUACCGCAACAAACUCUCACCGCAGACACUUUAAAUGAGCACAACCACCUGAAGUCAUUGCCUAUUCUACCAUACACCGACUGCAAAGCGCGAUUAUUAAUAGGCUUGGACAACACGGCUAAACUUUGCGUACCUGUGGAGGUGAGUCAAGCUGAAGGUGAUGAUCUAAUAGCUGCGCGUUGCAAAAUAGGUUGGUCAGUUUAUGGUCAGGAUAAGUCGGCUUAUCAGUCAGACGAAAAUCUGCUCCACGUUUGUAGCUGCAAUAAAUAUGAUCAGCUUGAUAACUUAAUGAAAGCUUAUUUCUCUAUCGAUUCAGUGGGUAUCAAUCCUGUUCUCAAACCGCUUAGAUCAAGGGCAGACGAGCGUGCAUACCACAUAAUGGAAAAAACUGUCUUGUAUGAUGCCAGUGUUAAGAAAUGGGAAACGGGCCUCUUAUGGAAAUAUGACCACAUUGUCUUGCCCGACUCAUAUCGAAUGGCAUAUAACCGUCUCCAAUGUCUGGAAAAGAAGAUGGAAAAGAGCCCUGAUCUGAAGCAGUAUCUUAUUGGGAAGUUAAAUGACUAUCUCGAAAAGGGUUACAUAAGAAAACUAAAUAUCGAGGAAAUAUCAAAAGGAGGCAAAUCUUGGUUUAUUCCAAUAUUCACAAUUGAGAACGUUAACAAAAACAAAUUGAGAAUCGUGUGGGAUGCAGCAGCUAAGGUGAGUGGCACCAGUCUGAACGACGUAUUAUUGAAAGGACCCGAUCUUCUAAGAUCGUUGGUAGGUGUCCUAUUGAGGUUUCGUGAACGACCAGUGGCUAUCUGUGGAGAUAUUCGUGAAAUGUUUCACCAAAUUAGGGUGAGAGCGGAAGAUCAGGUAGCACAGCAGUUCCUGUGGCGAAACGGCGAAAGUAGCAGACGUCCCGAUGUAUUCGCUAUGACCGUUAUGACGUUUGGGGCAUCGUGUUCCCCAUCUUUGGCAAACUACAUAAAAGAUAAGAACGCUCUACGUUUCGAGAAGAUACUACCAAAUGCUGUGGCAACAAUUGUCGAAAAUACGUUUGUGGACGAUUGGUUGCAUAGUAUGGAUGAUGAGGAAGAAAUGAUUCGACUCGCUACUGACGUCCGCUUCAUCCAUUGUGAAGGCGGGUUCGAGAUGCGAAACUGGUUGUCGAAUUCUAAACGAGUUCUGCAAGCGCUCUCAAGUAAGCAUAAACCUGCGAAUAAAUGCUUCAUAGAGCCAGGAUCAGAACUUCAAAAGGUUCUUGGUAUGUGGUGGUUACCAACCAGUGACGAACUAACCUUUGUUCACAGGUUCAAGCCGGAUAUCUUCAAUGAAUCCACCUUUCCAACGAAACGACAAAUGCUUCGAGUAAUGAUGACUAUAUUCGACCCUUUGGGUCUAUUGGGGUUUAUUGUAAUUCAAGCUAAGAUGAUAUUACAAGAUGUGUGGCGAUCGGGCGUAACUUGGGAUGAACCUGUACAUGAUAAAGAACGUUCCGCAUGGUGGCAGUGGCUGCGAAAGCUACGCUGUAUUGAUAAAAUCCAAAUUCCAAGGUGCUACACUUUCGCAAAUCGCAGCACCGAUAACCAACUUCAUAUCUUCGUUGAUGCUAGCAUAUCAGCAUAUGCGGCUGUGGCCUUUCUUCGUUCUAGUAUGGGCGACAAAGUUCAUUGCUGUCUCGUUGCCUCCAAGACACGAGUUGCUCCGUUGAAGCCACUGUCGGUGCCGAGACUUGAGCUGAUGGCAGCCAUCUUAGGACUUCGUCUAGCUAAGUUCAUAGGAAAGGAACUUCCAUACAAAUUAACCGCCGGGUCUUCUGGUGCGAUUCGAAGGAUGUGCUAUAUUGGAUUAGGUCUGACGCCAGAAAAUUCAACCAGUUUGUAG